AUGUCAAACGUACGAGAUAUCCCUCCCGUGGCUAUCACGAACAUACCGUACGUCGAUGCUGCCCAGUUCGAGUCGUACAUAUCAAAAAUGGGCCCCCUAUACGAGCAGCUGCAGCGGUUGAAGGGAACCGAAGACGGACGGAGGAGGGCGAGAAGCAACCCCGAAAGCUCCUUUGAAUGUUUCGAGACUUCGAACCAGACUGUCAAGCUGUCAUAUCCGGCUCGAGAUGGCAGGAUCUCGUCCAUCCCGUUAGCCACCGCCCUGUCCGACGACGGCCUACCCAAUCGUCAAGUAAGGGGCAUUGAUUCCAGCCGCGACGGCCACUACUCUGCGGCGGCGCUGUCUAUCAUCCCUAGUGGUUACUUCCAUCAACAGUUUCACCUCGAGAACCCGCGAAUUUUCGAUGUCGUCAGCGAGAAAUCCGAAGUUGUGCCAUCGAACUCGACAGCCGAGAGCGCAGGGGAUGGACACGCCCCGGCACCGGGAACGGCCCUGGCCACAAAUGCAAUUCUCCAGGAGAAGUUGUCCUGGUACAUGGACACGGUGGAGGCGCAUCUGGUCAACUCUCUUGCAAUGGCCUCGUCCACCUUAUUCUCGGCGCUCGGCUCCAUGACAGAACUGCACUCGGAAGCGGGAAAAUUGGUUGAAAAGGUAGCCGCGCUGCGCCAGGAUCUUACACCGUUGGAUAAAGACGUGGUCGCCAAGGGCCUGGAACUGACGCGAAAACGCCAAGAAAGCCACAAUGUGCAACAGAUCCACGAUGCAGUCCUGCAGCUGAAACGCAUCGUGGACGGAGUUGUCUGUUACGAAUCGCUGGUCAAUAAAGGUCGGAUUGAGAAGGCUCUUGCAGAAAUGAACGUCAUCGAGUCGGUUAUGGCUGGCAAACGCAGCGAUAAUCUCGAAGACGAAUCGUUGACCUAUAUCCAGCUCCGGGACCUUCGCGGAGCUACGGCAUUGCAAGGUGUGGCCAGCGACCUGACGAUCCUCCGGUAUCGAAUCGGCAAGCUGUUCGAGUCCAAGGUUCACAAUCAUCUCAUCGGGGACCUGAGACGACAUGUCCAAUCCACCAGUGAGCUACGUACGGCACUUUGCCCCAUUCUUUACGGACUCCAUCGAUAUGGGUCUGUCUCGACGGCCAUCGAGGCGUACCGGGAACAGUUGCUGCGAGAGAUUCGCAGCAUUGUGAGGAAACCACUCCCCAGCUCAACCGAUGACGAUGACACGGGAUCUGUUACAUCAGGGAUAGGAUCUACCAUCCGCAAGGGCCGUAAGGAGAAAUCUUCCAUUCUCGCCCAGAUUCUCCGCGCCCUCGAUGCAGAAGACGCCGAGAGACUGUUCUCCGCCAUCUUCAUUUCCAUUGCGAAGACUUUACGACGACUCAAAACACAGUCGAGUGUUCUGUUGGAUAUUGCUUGUGCUUCACAUGGUGGUGCUCCGAAUGUAGCCGGAAACGCCCCCAUGCUCGGAAUCCUGGAAGAGAUACAUGUUGCCCUUGAUCUCCCUAAUCUUUUGGGCGAAGCAGUGGACGCCAGUCACGAAAUGAUCAACCAAAUUCUCCAAGUUCGAUCUGAGCAGACUACAGGCUUACCCCUGGCGUACUUCCUCCGCUAUUAUACCCUCAACCUUUUCUUUGUCAACGAGUGCGAGGCCGUCUCGGGCCGAGCCGGGAAAUCUCUCAAAACCAUUGUAAACGGCCAUGUCCAGGACUUUAUCAAGGCACACGAUGACAGUGAAAGCCAAACCCUUGCCCAGGCGAUGGAUGUCGAUACUUGGCAAGACACAGAUUUUACAGCCAGGGAUAACGAGAUUCUUAAGCAGAUUCUUGGAUGCGACACCUCUGACCCGCCGGCAUGGACAACGACGUGCAGAGUCUGGGCCCCACUACUACAGAAGGAGGCUGAAGAGAUGCGCGACACAGAGGAUAACAUAGCGAAGGGCAAGAUCCAUGGCGCCGCCAUCGAGGAGGAGACUUUCAUCCUUCCUCACUCUGCCAUCCUCUACCUCGAGGGCAUAUCACACUUCCUUCGCCUGAUGGCCGGCAUUCCGUCCAUGACGCCGGCCAUUGCCGUUUCGCUGAUAUCAUACCUGCAGCUGUUCGACUCCCGAUGCCGUCAGCUAAUCCUCGGCGCCGGAGCUCUACGAUCGGCCGGUCUGAAGAACAUCACGACGACAAACCUGGCGCGCACAUCACAAGCGUUGUCGUUUAUCUCCGCCGUCGUCCCGCAUGUCCGUAACUUUGUGCGGCGACACGCGCCUGCCGGCCCCUCCGGCGCCGACCUCACGGGGGGGUUCGACAGGAUACACCGCGCCGUCCAGGAGCACCAGGACGCCAUCUACCAGAAGUUGAUCGAGAUCAUGGCGUCGAGCGCCCGUCUGCUCUCCAAGAAAGCCCUCGAGGUCGACUGGGACCGGGAACGAGUUGAGGAGGUGCGGUUGUACACGGCGGAGCUGGCCAGGGACACGAGCAAACUGUACAAGACGCUAAACAAACGCCUCACUGAUAGGGCAGUACGGUCCGUGAUGUUCCAGGUGUUCGCGAGCUACAAGAACCAUUUGGGGAUGGCGUUCAGGGAAGCGAAACCGGAGACGAAGAGUGGCCAUGAAUGUAUGCUGCAUGAUGUCGAGCAUCGAGUUGAAAAGCUCGGCAACCUAGAAGGGUUUGACGACUUGGGCACCUGUCUAACGAGGAUUAUCAAUGGGAAAGAGAUCUACGUUGCGGAGCCUCUGGCGUCCCCCCACAUCAAACCAUGA